UUAAGUAUGAAAAAAGUUAUGGCCUAAAAUAUGGCCUCAAGACCUCAACCUCGAAACGGAUAUUCAAGUCAUUUGGCAUCCUCUUCCUCCUCCUCUUCACACCCAUCAGGCCCUUCAUCUUCCAUUACUUCCACUUCUUCAAUUAAUCGUUCUCAACGUUGUGGUGUUUGUAGGGGGUGUCAGUGCAAACCUUGUGGGCAAUGUACUUAUUGUCAGGAUAGCCCUCAAUUUGGUGGCCCUGGAGUAAAGAAACAAUCGUGUGUUGAAAGAAGGUGUUUACGUGUGUUGGAGAAUAGACUACAGGUGAAUUUGGAGAGAUUAUUGAAAGUUAUACAGUCAGACCUCAUUGUGAGAUGCCUCUUGGGAUGGGCUGAAAAGGGGCCUUAUAACGAGUGUUUCUUAAAUAGAGGGUACCUUAUAAUGGGAGUGUUAAAUAGAGAAUACCUCAUAAUGAGGUCCCCCACUUUUCUCAUACUCAAUUUGCUAUCAGUCUAAUUCUUAUCCGUUCCUUCUCUAUAAAUUUUUUUUCUACGUAUCAGUAAGUGCCAGCCACCCAAUGUCACAAAGUGGAGUAAAAAAUAAAGGGAACAGGGAGCAAACUAAUUGACCAGCCCUCAUAAAAUAGGCUAAAACUGUUUAAAAUUAGGAACGAAAAAUGG